UCACCCGGAAAAACUUUUUAUUGCCCGAACAUGUGUUUACAUUGAAGUUUGUUGGCUGAAACCUAAUUAAAACUUUAGUCUGUUUCAGUUUACAUUUCAUUAGCCCAAAAUGUCUUCAAACCCUCGCGAAAACGACGAUAAUUCUGAUGAACAGUCUGUGGUGAAAGAGGAACUGAGCAAAAAGAUCAAGGAGCAGAAGAUUGUUGUGGACGAGCUUUCUAAUCUGAGGAAAAACAGGAAAGUCUACAUCCAACAGAGGAACAGUAACAUUUUCUUCCUGGCAGACAGAAAUCACACACUGGGUACAUGCAAAAAGGAUCUGGAUAAUAUGAAAAAAGAACUACAGAACAUGUAAAACAUUGUAAAAUUUACAAUGUGUGGAAUAUUUUGUGGGUUGAGUCUGUCGUCUGCUCACGUUGACUGGGACAAAACAGCGUAUGGAUAUUUAAAAAGAAG